AUGCGCCGCCGGAGGAGAGCGAUCCGGGCCAGCGAGGCCGGCAGCCAAUUCAGCGCCUCAGGCUCCCCGCCAGACCGAGAAGGAAGCGGCGGCCGAGCCCAGGCUCCGGGAGGAGGAGGAGGAGGGAGCGCGGAGGAGGCGCGGCGGGGAUCCGGCGCUGAGGGGCCCGGAGAAGGAGGAGGAGGCGGAGAGGGAGGCGCGGGGCUGGCGCGGCGGCCGGCCUCCUCUGGUCGCGCCCACCUGGCAGGGCAGGGCAGGGCUGGGCAGGGUCGCGUGGGAUGCUGCCUGCUGCCUCUUCUCGAGGGGACCUGGGGAAACCCCAGCCCUGCCUCCUUCCCCUGCGAGGGCGCGCCCUCCUCCUGCUGUUACACUGACCUGACCCAAAUGCCGCCUCCUGAUUGGAAGGAACGCGGCACAGGGCCCGGCUUCCUCCGCCCUGAUUGGCCCGAGAACAGCCGGCGUUCUAAAAAGGGGCGGGGCUGUCUUCAGCUGACCAAGGGAACCUCCCUCAGUGACGUCGCCUCUUCUUGAUUUACCCGCCGGUAACCCAGGGCAACGGAGCUGGGCUGCAAGUCCCCGCCUAGAGCUUUUCCCGUUCGUGACGUCGGCGAGCGUUCCCCCCGCCCACUGAGCCGUGGCCACGCCCACUCGCCCUUGACGUCACUCCCGAGUGUUUCCCUCCUCCCAGGUUCUCUCUCCUGCAGCCUCAGUCUCUCAGAGGCAGCGCUUCGCUCUGGUCGCAGCAUCGAAGUGGAGGACGUUUUGGAAUUCCUCCUGGAAAGGAGGCUGAAAUGUAGGACAC